ACAGUUUCAAUUCCGUCCCGGCAAGGUCAUCGAGAGGUACUUGCCGAAAUGUGGGCUAUGAAGUUAGUUGACGAUGAAGAUGCCCUUUCCGGCAGCCCGGCUUUUGUUAUCUCUCAAUUACUGAUAACGGUGCCCCCUUUCUCGGAGCCAGUAUUGGAGGCGGACGUUCACCUCUAUAAGAGUCGGUCUUCUUAGCCCUUUCGACGGCCCGGUUUAUGCCACCUCCAACUAUCACCACCUCAUCAUGUCCUUACCCAGCAAACUCACCAUCCUUAUAACCGGCUGCUCCACCGGCGGAAUGGGCGCCGCCCUGGCCAGCGCCUUCCACAGCGCGGGCCAUCACGUCUAUGCGACGGCACGAAACCCGUCCAAGCUGGCGCCCCUUGCGGAAAAAGGAAUCCAAACGCUGACCUUGGACGUGACCUCUGCGUCCUCCAUCGCAGCCGCCGUGGCAUCCGUCACCGCCUCGCUACCAGCAGGCAAAGCGGGCCUGGACAUGCUCGUCAACAACGCCGCGGCCCACUACAUGAUGCCGACAGUAGACGCCUCGCUCGACGCCGCCCGAGCCCUAUUCGACACGAACGUCUGGGGCCAGCUAACCGUCACGCAAGCCUUCCUCCCUUUACUGCUGCGCUCUUCCUCCCAAAACAAUAACAAAAACAAAAACAACAGCAACAAUAACAACUUCCAGCCCAUGAUCGUCAACCACACCUCAGUCGGCUCCGUCACGACACUGCCGUUCCACGGGGUCUACAACGCGUCCAAGGCGGCGCUGGCCAUGCUGUCCAGCACGCUGCGCAUGGAGCUCGCGCCCUUCGGCCUCCGCGUCGUCGACCUCAAGUCGGCCGGCGUGCGGACCAACAUCAUCGGCAAUAGCAACGUGCACGACCCGGCCCGGGCCGAUCGCCGCCUGCCGGCCGGGUCCAUCUAUGCGCCGGCGCGCGAGGCGGUGGAGAGGGCCAUGGCGCAGGAGGGGUUCCGCGGGAAAGGGAUGGCGCCGGAGAGGUGGGCGGAGGAGGUCGUGGGCUUGUUGUUGUUGUCGUCGGGGAAGGGGAGGAGGGGUCCGUCGCCGCCGAAGGUGAUUUGGAAGGGGGAGGGUGCGAUGCUGGCGAGGGUAGCUGCUGCGGUGCCGUGGUGUGGCGGGUUGUUUGAGGGGACCGUGAAGAAGGUUACCGGAUUGGAUGUCGUUGAGGCGAUUCUUGAUGAUAAGCGGCGCAGAGCCGAUGGGCACGUAUGAUUGAGCAGGAGCUGGCGGUACCUACCUUACCUUAUGCUUGCAAGGUGGAAAAUGGGGGGGAGCUCCACGAACCGCUUGGGCUCUCGACCUAGCCCCUAGGCACCAGUCAAGAUACCUACAGUCAUCUUCAACAUUACC